CUGGUCCAAACCGCCAAAAGCUUGCUUGGCAGAAUACGGUGCCGUGGACGGGAAAUAAAUCAAGAGCCAAAACUUUACGUGGUAGUACCGGGCAAGGUAUCCAGGGCGUCUCAGAAGCGCACACAAAUCUCGAAAAACCUUAAUCUACCUUACCUACGAGACGCUGCAGGUACAGGCGCGAAGGUUCAACAGAUCAAGCUCGACCCUGAAUGGAGGGGUUGUAGGGCUGAAACGCCCCGCAGCCAGGGCGCUCUGCUCUAGGCUGUUUCCUACCCCGCCCUCCUGCAGCGCCACGGAAGCGCGAACGGUGGUGUCCCGGUCGCAACUCGUCCCGUCGCAGCUCAUCACGACGUCACCUCUUCCUCUUAGCCUUGCCAGCGCUCAUCGGGGAUGCCAACCCACUACCAGACAAGAUGAUCGACGCUUCGAUCCGGCUGCGGCGGGCGAUCCACGCCAACGACGCGCUGCUGGCGAAACGUGUCCUCAAGUCGCACCCUGAGCUGCUGCACAACCCGGACCACUCGCCCGCCGGCAACGCCAACUCGAACCUGCACCUGGCGGCGUCGCUCGGCCACCUAGCCAUCUGCAAGCUGCUGCUCGAGCUGGGGCACGAAGGGGGCGGCAAUAAAAUUAGCAGCGGCAACGACGACGACGGCACCAGCACCACGCCGGCGCUCAACGACGACCACCGGACGGCGCUCAUGCUGGCCGCAGCGGCAGGCCACACGGAGGUCGUGCACUGCCUGUGCGAGCGGUCGCCGGCGAGCAUCUUACGGCGCGACGUGCGCGGCCGCGACGCGCUGAUGGAGGCGGCGCUGCACGGCCACGACACGGCGGUGCAGAUCCUACUGACGUGGGCCCCCGGCGGCACCGAGGCCGCGCUGGCCCAGGCUGACCUCGAGGGCAACACGGCGCUGCACUUUGCCAGCAGUAAUGGGAAUUUGCUCGUGCUGCGCACGCUGCUCGCUGCCGGCGCCGACGCGUCCCGCAAGAACAUCUGGAACUGGACCGCCGAGGCGUAUAGUGCCACGGUGCAGGCUGAGGUUUAUCUCAAGGGUUUGAUCGCCGAGGUCGAGCGCCGCAAGAUGGUCCGCAGGGGCGCCGAGGAGGCCAAGAAGGGCGGGGCUGUCAGGUUGGUGGAGCCGGACGCUGAUGCGGGGGACUAGGCAUGGCUGGUUGAUGAAUGAAUGGAUGGGGUGGGCGUUGAGGUUUUGGCGUUUUGUGUUGGCAAAACGGUUACUUCGUAUUAGUUUCGGGACAAGGCGAGGCGUUGCAUUUUGGAUGUGGUCCUUCUCCACUGGCCGAGCGGGUUGAGUCCUAGAGCGUGCUUUGCUGGGGAGCGUUUAAAGUCGCUUGUGUUGGGCGGGACUCGGGUU